UCUGCGCUCAGCUCGUCACUCCUCACAUCCACCUGCUCAGCGUUCACACACAGUUAGCCUACAGUUAGCCUACAGUUAGCCUACAACAGAGUAAUAAUAACGUUACUCACAACCUCCAGCCAUGGCAGAUCCAAGAAUACGGCAAAUCAAGAUUAAAACGGGUAUCGUUAAGAGGCUGGCGAAAGAGGAGAUUUCGUACAAAACCGAGGCGAAGCAGCAGGAGGAGAAGGUCGAGCGCAUGAAAGCCGAGGCAGGAGAUCAUUAUGUCAUCAAGAAACAGUUGGAGGUGUUGCAGGAGUCCAGAAUGAUGAUCCCAGACUGCCACCGCCGUCUGACCAUAGCACACGCAGAUCUGCUUCAGCUAUUAGAAACCGAAGAGGAUUUGGCCGAAUCAGAGGAGUACAAAGAGGCUAGAAACAUGUUGGACUCAGUGAAGCUUGAAGGAUGAUUUCUGAUCUGUUUCUGUUCUCACUGCAAGAUUCACUUGCUUUAAAUGUCCAUUCCUUUCGUCAGGCUCUGUUUGCAACCGUGGAGGCAUACUGAAUCCGUUCAAAGUCUCUUGUUCUUGAUGUAAUUAUUUCUACUGUUUACUCUUUAACGUGCCACCACAUCAGACGCUGCCUCUCCUGAGUGUAAAAAUCCCACAAGAACACGAUAAAACAUUCAUUUUCUUACAGUAGAGCACUGGAGGGGGUUUUAUUUUUUUCCUUUUUAAGAUUUUAUUCAUCACACUAACACACAAUCAGGACUUCAUAGACAUGAUUAAACACGCACACACAUUUGGCUGUUGUCUUUUCUGCCGUUAUAACCAUCACAGUUAAUGGUGUGGGCCCGUUGCUGGAUUUAUUUGAAGGCUUUUCACUGGUCACUAAUGUAAACGGUGAGAAACUGCAGAUCUCUGUAGCUCCAGUGUUUUUAUGAAGUGUUUUUGGAUUCCUUUUUCAUUCCUUUUUAUAUGUAUCUGAGUUGGUUAAGCCUGCAGGACCUUUAUUGCCUCUAACCCCUUGAUCGAGAUACAUCCCAGAAUACUAACCAGAGCUGCAAUUAACUAUUAUUUUCACUGUCGAUUAAUCGUUUGGUUUGUAAAAUGUCAGAAAUAAUACCCAUCACAAGUUUCCAGGAGCUUGUUUUGUGUCCAAAACCCAAAAGAUAUUCAACCUGUAAUGAGCUGAAAAGCAGCAAAUGAUCUCAUUUUGGCAUUUUUAGGCUUUAAAGAAAUGACAAAUGAUUUAUCGAGUAUUUAAAAAAAAAAAAAAAAAUUGUUGGGGAUUGUAAUUUUCUUUCAGUCGACAAAUCGAUUAAUAAACUGAUGGUUUGAUCACUAAUACUAACUGAUGGGCUUGAUUGCACUGUGUAUUCUCCUGCUGGUGUCCCUGCUCAGAGCAGUGAAGUGGAUUGUGUGUUGGUACCUACAAUAAAGAGGAGAGCACUCUGGGAAA